AUGACUGAGGUGCCCUGGAACAAGUUUCCUCUUCUUGCAGAACUGGACAGUCAGGAGGCUCCUGACGCUGUUGGAUCUCCCAGUCCGUACCCCAUGUUCCUCCCUGUCAACUACCAGGUGCGGAAUGCUGACUACUUCCUGUUGAAAGAGGCAGGCCAGGAUAUCAUGCGCAACUCCAGCAUGCAGAGCCACACCCAGCCGUUCGUCAUACUCCGAGCUGAGCGCCCCCCGGUGGUCAAUGCUAGCUAUGGCCCGCUCUCUACAGAGCAGGAGAUCCCUCUGGACCUGGUCCAGUCCGUGCAGCUUUUCCGUCCAUCUCCGCCGGUCUUCACCUUCAACUGGAAGGUCCGAUCCUUCGUCCUGACCAGGUGGGUGUACUCCUCCUCCCCAAAAGUCCGCGUGUUGUUUUACGUCGCCGGGAGAGACUGGGACAGAGGAAGCAAGGACAAAGGGACCAAGGACGAGCUUCCUUGUGUGACCGUUUACGCCUUCUGGCAGACGCAGGAGGUGCGAGGAUCUUGUUUGAUCUCCAACGAAAGAGGGACUUGCAUGGCGGAGGUGGAGCCCCCUGCUGGCUGGUUCAGCCCGGCCGAAGGAACAGGAACAGGUGCUUCCAGCCGGGAAAAACAGGGCUUGGCCCCGGGGAACCCACUGGAGCUCUACUAUCAGGCUCAGCCUAGCAAGUCCGGAACCUGCAGUGGAGGACUGGAGGGUGGGAAGAGAGGGAGGACAGCAGGAGGAGGACCACAGGUCGAGUACAUCCCUAUGACUCCAAUGCAGAGGAUUGGGAGCGUGCGCCUCCUCCAGGUGCGUCCUGGCGCUACUCCUGUUUCAGUGCUCAGGCUUGGAGAGGCUGUGGUCAUUCAGACCUCCUCUAAACCUCUCCGGAAGACCGACAUUGCAUCUUUCUACAUCUAUAUGAAGAGCUCGGCCAACCUGGACACCUUCUCUCUCAGGGCCAUGGUAAAAAAGGGUGUGUCCUUCCGCACAGCCACGCCUAGCAACACGUUGCUAUGGGACAUCACCCUGGAUACGGGUUCCGACGGCAGCGUGGGGGUCAUCUGUCAGAAGCGGUCCAGCGUGAUUGGUAAAAGGCUCAGCAAACUCCAGGCGAUCCUGCAGAUGGAUUUUGAGGUGGAGGAUGUCAGCAGCCAAUCAGAGAUCCAGGUGAUUAAGUGGGAACUGGCCCUUCCCGAUGAUGUGAAAAUGCUGGGGGCCUCCGAGGGCCUCAUGAGGGUCUAUACCACCCAGAGAGACUUCGUUGGCUUGGCUCCUCUGGUCAUGGACACUGAGCUGAUGAACACGGCAGUGUUGACCGGUAAGCGGGUGGUGGUGCCAGUCAGAACAGUCGCCGUGGAGACAGACGGAUCCGUUACUGAUGUCUCGGACUUCACAGACUGCAGCUCAACAGACGAGGACGUGCUGAAGGUGUCGGACAGGUGUGAUUUCGUCUAUGUGAACGGUAAAGAAACGAAGGGCCGAGUGCAGAUGUUGGUAAACUUCACCUACAGCUACCUGAGCGCUCAGCUGGAGAUGAAGGUGUGGAUCCCUCGUCUUCCUCUGGACAUCGAGGUGUCCGAUACGGAGCUGAGUCAGAUCAAGAACUGGAGGAUCCCCAUCACCUCCAACAAGAGCAGGCUGGGCUGGAGCAGUGAGGAGGAGAGGAAGGGCCGAGGCUGCAUGCUGCAGUUCCAGCACGCUCUGGUUCGAGUCCUCACACACUUCGUGGCCGAGCAGUCGGACCCACGGGAACCUCAGGCCUAUUUCCUGGGCUCUGAUUGGCAGGUGGAUGUCACAAAGCUGGUGCGCUACUUCAUGAAGGUGGAGGACACCAACAUCGCCCGUCUGCAGGCUGGCAGGGUGCUGUCAGGACGGGACGUGGGCACCACCUCCAUAAAGGUUCUGUCUCCUCUGUCAGACACCAUCCUGGCGGAGAGGACGGUGCGGGUGCUGGACGAGCGAGUGAGCAUCACCGAGCUCGGCCUGCAGUUGGUCAGUGGCCUCUCGCUCAGCCUGCAGCUCAGCACAGGAAGUAACCGAGCCAUCAGUGCCACGGCAACCACACAGGAAGUGCUCAACAGUCCCAAACAGGAGGCACUGUUGAGUGCAUGGCUACAGUUCAGCGAUGGCUCCCUGACCCCUCUGGACAUAUAUGACCCCACUCACUACCGUUUGACCAUAACUUCUUUGGACGAGGGUGUGGUCUCAGUACGGGACUCACCUCUGGCCGUAGUGGCGGAUGGUGAGGGCCAGGGGGCGCUGGUGAGAGCUGAAAUGACUAUAUGCGAGGUUUGUCAGAAAACGAAGCGCAAGAGCACUCUAGCCGUGGGGAGCGGGAGCCUAACUGUCAAGUUCCAGGUCAACAGCAGACGCGGAGAAAACAGCAGCAGCGUCGACGGCAGCGGCACGGGAAGCAUUACGGUGGGUAACGGGAAGGACAACAGCAGCGAUUACGGCAAUGACGGCGAAGAAACAGACGGCGACAAGAAGCAGCAGCAGCCGGGUCAGGUACCAAGCAGCAGUUCUGCUUCAGAACGAGAGGAAAGCGCUUUGAGGAAGAUUACAACUACCACCAAGUCAACAUCACGAGAAUCCUCGGCAGGUAGUAUCGCAAACGAUCUGGAAGCAAGAGGAGCCAAUGAUGCGUCUGGAGGGGUCAGCAAGCCUGGGAAUAUUCUGAAUAACGAGAACCUCAGUCCUGCUAGACCAGGCAGGGACAGCAGUACCAGGAAUCUUGACAACGGUAUUCAGGUUACGGAAAGCACAGGAAAAGCUCCAGGAAACUUGCUGAAUUACAACAACUAUCCUGCACAAGUGGAAGUGCCCAACCAAGAGCCGAAAAAUGAUAACAGCGACUACGGUGAUGAUGGUGAAACUGAAGGGCCGCUAGCAAACCGGCCGCUCACAGACCUUGAGAUUGGGAUGUACGCAUUACUGUGUGUCUUCUGCUUGGCGAUUCUUGUAUUCCUGGUUAACUGCAUCUCGUAUUUGGUUAAGUUCCGUCACAAGCAGCCACCCUCUCAGGCCCCAGAGCAUACUGGCCACCGGCACGACUGGGUAUGGCUGGGUACAGAUGCCGAGUUGGUUAUGAACGUGCCAGGCAGCCCGCUGCAGCAGGAUACUCACAGCACCACUGUAAUCGACAUUGGCCCUAACACUGAGCCUUGUGGCACUCUCACCAGACGGACAAGCUGCCAGGUGGCUUCAGUGUCCGGAGAGACAAAUGUUGGGUGUGUGGGGUCUCUCAGGGCCAAACCAGGCAGAAGCGAGUCCCUGCACUCACCCACCAGCAAGCGGAAGAGGGUUCAAUUCACCACUUUUGCUUCGCUGGACCGCCAGAAUUCACCUUCUACGAUACCCAGAGAAAAUGGGCAUGGCAUCCAGUGGGUGGGCAAGGAAGAGAACUGUGGGACACCUGAGGCACCACGUACUGAACCUGUAGAAAAGCUCUAAUGGAGACUGUGGGGUGUUUUCACACAAACCCUUAGUUACAAGUUGUGUACAUUUGCGACUUAGUUACAAGCCCCAAAUGUAUCACCCAUA